GGGAGAGGGAGGGAUGGAUUGAUGGUAGCGCUUGCAGUGGCUCCAGUCUCGGGUCGCGGGUGCAGAUCCCGGCGGCUAGGCAUUCUCUGGACAUCAUCAUCAUCAAUGCCCUCAUCAAAACCGCGCUGCACCGGGCAAGAGCAGCCUUGCCUCUCUCUCUCCGCCGUGUCGCGGGGGAUGGACCCCGACGACACCACUGCCGGUGGCUGCAUGCAGGUCUUCAUGCCGGGGACUGGAGGGGGCCCGCCAAAUCAACGUCGCCACGAAAAUACGACGUAACAAAGUUAUGUUGUGCGUAGGCAUAACGGACUGACUGGGCUGAUGGGUUUCAGUUGCCUGCAGGUCAUUUUGGCGCAUCAAGCGUCACAGCCAUCUCGGCCCUGUAAGAUCAAGGUCAACGACCAACAACCUCACGUUUGUUGGCAAGCGGGCGCCAAUAAGGCACGUCUCCCCCGCCUCGGCAUGCCAUCAACCCACUCAAUAUUCUGAGCGAGGAGUUACAAGGUAGUAUCGAGACGUGCUGCUGCAUCAAACGCCAGUGCAACUCGCCCUCUCUCUCUCUCCCAUCCCCGCGAAUCUUGUACCACGUCUACUCCGUACCCGCUGUCCAGAAACAUUUACGUCUGCCCGCUCUCAUCACCAUCAUCACCACCAUCACCAUCAUCAUAAACGCCAGAAGAGAAGAAAAAAAAGAUAAUGUCCAAGCAAACCGUCCUCAUCACGGGCUGCAGCGAUGGCGGCAUCGGCGCCGCCCUGGCCGUCGUCUUCCAGCAGCGCGGAUGGCACGUCUUCGCCACCACGCGCGACCCCGCCAAGAUGAGCAGCUUCCGCGACCUCGCCGACGUGACGCUCCUGGCGCUCGACGUGGUCAAGACGGAGGACAUCAAGGCGGCCGUCCAGGCCGUUUCCGAGCACACGGGCGGCACCCUGGACUGCCUCGUCAGCAACGCCGGGCGCAACCACUUCAUGCCCAUCCUCGACGAGGACCUGGACGCGGUCAGGAACAUCCUAGAGAUCAACCUCGUGGGCCCCAUGGCUCUGACCCAUGCGUUCGCCCCGCUGCUCAUCAAGGCCAAGGGCAUGGCUGUCUACGUCACCUCCAUCUCUGGCUAUCUCAAUAUCCCGUUCAUGGGAACGUACUCUGCAUCCAAGCGUGGUCUGGAGAUUGUCGCGGACACGCUGCGCCUCGAGCUGGCUCCCUUUGGCGUCGACGUGCUGGAGGUUGUCACGGGCGGUGUCAAGUCCAUGGGCCAGACGUACUUUGGCGACGUCAAGCUCCCGCCGCAGUCGCUGUACAAGAGCAUCGAGGAAACGUUUGUCGGUCGGGCCCAGGGCAAGGAUGGCAUGCCCCGGAUGGAUACCAUGGAAUAUGCCACGUCUGUUGUGGAUGAGAUCGUCAAGCGCAGCACGGGCAGAUUCUGGUGUGGCGUGCAUGUCGACCAGGUCCGCAUGAGCACCACGGCAGCGGCAGUGCCGCAGUCAGCCAUGGACGCGGGGGCAGUCAUGGGGACUGGAUUGGACGCUUUGCCGCCGAAGGAGUAGACGGACGUCUGGUGGUGCUCCGAGGCGGGUGAUGAAUAGAUUCAACAGGCAUUGCUGGCCGUGCCGACCCCAAUUGACUAUGAGUUUAUUAACGUGC